AUAAUAUGUUGUUAAUGUUGUUUUGUUUUUAUUUUCAGCUUUUCCUUUUUUUCUUAUGAAUUAACUUACCCACCUGCUGAAAUAAUUGUAACUAUUAUGAAUUCUGCCGCAUCUCCAAACCCGCUAUACGGCAGGUUGACCAAUGAGCGUCGAUGGCAGUAGCCCGCUCCCCCCCGCCCCCGCGCGCGCCAUGCCCCCCCCGCAGCCCUACGCCGCGCAGGUGGCCGGUCAUCGCGGGGACACCGGGAAGCAGUAUUAUGGUCUCCUGCACCGCAACGACGGUAAAGUCCUAAAGCCAAUCCUCAAACCAACCCAAGCGCGGGAGAUAGCCUUCUACGAGCGCCUAUCUACCUCCACCGAGCCAGACUUACUGGAGUUACGCCUUCUCACGGCCAAGUACUACGGGACUGAGAGGGUGGUCUACAAUGGCGUGGAGAGAGAGUAUAUUGUGAUGGAAGACUUGGCCCAUGGCAUGCUGGAACCCUGUAUUAUGGAUGUUAAGAUUGGUAAGAGGACAUGGGACCCGCUGGCUUCAGAGGAAAAGAUUGCGCGAGAACAGGCCAAGUACUCGCUGUGUCGGCAGGAGUACAGCUUCUGUAUACCGGGAUUUCAGGUGUACAGACAAGCCGAUGGCGUGCUAGAGAGACAUGGCAAGGACUAUGGGAAGAAGUUACAUGGAGAGGCCGUCAAAAAUGCCCUCCGCACCUACCUCAACGGCCCCCGGCCGCCGCGCUCUCUUAUCCUUCGCUUCCUCGCCCCACUGUGGCGCCUCCAGCGGUGGUCCUCACGGCGGCGGAGUCUGAGACUGUACUGCGCCUCGCUACUGCUGGUGUAUGACGCGGGGCGGCUGCGCGGGGGUGAGGGGGACGGCAGCAAGAACAAAUCCAAACCCAACGGCCUCCGCAAAUCCAGUUCAGCCCCCGCCGUGGACGUGCACUCUCUACUGCCACCCUCGACCACGCACUCCAGUGACACCAACAUCACCAACAAAAUAUGCAACAUCAAGCGAGACUACUACGCGACCUUGCAAGACCUCUGCAACGACGGCCAAGAGAGAAGGCCCUGGGUCAGUCUCACGGUUAUAGACUUUGCUCAUGCAUUCUUCAGUGAGGAAGAGGAACAUGAUUAUAAUUUUCAAGAAGGUAUUGAUAGUCUGGUUGCGGUUUUUGAACAGUUGUUGAAAGAGACUGAUAGUUAUGUGCGUUAGUUAUGUGUUGGUGUAAGUUAUGGUUAGUUUUUAAGUGAGUUCUAAAAAUGUUACUUAAUUAUUUUAUCAUGCGAGCUCGUUUUUAAGGCGUUAUUUAAUUAUAUUAACUAUUUAGUACUUUAUUUAUAAAUUAUACACAAUAAUUAUAUGAAUAUACACAAUAAUUAUUAAAGUUAUAGUUUGAGAUCUCUGCCAAUUUAGCUAUCUGAGAAAUGUCCUACAUUUCUUUUUUUCCUCGAGUAUCAUAUCAAUGGGUUACGUACCGCAUGCCUUCUCAUUUUUUUAUAAGAAAAAUAGUAAAUAAAUUAAAAAAACAAAUUGUCGCUUUCGCAUUACAAAUAUUUAUUAUCAAAAUCAGCCAAAAUUAUUUUCCCAAAUAAAAAUUAUCUAUAAACUUAAUUAAAUUAAAUACCGUUGCAGCUUGAUUCAUCUUAUGAUUUCAUCUGUGACAUUUGUGACCCGCCGGGGGCAGAUGCUUGCGAAAUUCAGUUCUACGUGGAUUACUAAAAAUAUAACCUAUGUAUGUUUAAAACUUUAAUA